UUGCCCAACCUUAUCCAUCUAUCACUUAAUCACUCCUCAGUAACGGACGCCGGCUGGCAAGCUGUUCAGACGGCUCUUGUGAACACUCCGUCUAGUGUGACAGCCUUAGAUAUAUCCGAAUACGAGCAGCGGGGGAUAAACCAUAACGAAAAUCGACGGUCGUUAACCUUGCAGUAUCUUUCUACUUCAGUCGCUCCUGGACUGUCUGAUUCCGGCCUCCUGGCGAUUGCCAACAUCUUUCCUAACCUCCGGCAUCUUGUGAUAGCACAAACUGGAGUUUUGGGUAUCCUUCCGGAGGAUCGCAACGCCCCCAGAUUACAGCUACUUCGUCAUUUGAAUAUUUCUGGUUGUCUUGAAUUGGUGAAAAUUCCCGCUUAUCUUCUUCCUGUCCUCGAGCCUACCGCAUCUUCUUCCCAUUCCCCAUCCGACCUUCGCUGUGAACAUUCAGGUCUCUUCUACAUUAAUAUUCAGUGCACUCCCAAGCUCGACCAAGUUGCCGCUCUCAAGCAGCUCGCCGACGGGCUAUUUGAUACUCGUAUGUGA